AAUUGGCUCAAUGAAUACGCCCCUGCUGUAGUUUAGCAAACUGCAGUAACGUUACUAUGCUAGCUAACGUUAGCUAUAGCUAACUGGGUGCCAGGUCGUAAGCUACACAUUUCAUUACCUCAACAGUGUGUAUUGUCGUCCACAGCUGAUUUGUCCGGUAUAAUGGAUUUUAAGCCAUGGAACAAAUGCAUUUUCUGAGGACGUCAUUACCCUGGACCCAGGUUGCUCCUCUCACCUUCCCAAAACUCUGCCCCUGCGGUCUGUAGUCCACAUUUUAAAUGAAGAGGAGGGCUGAGGAUUCUGGCCCAAGGAAGGAAAGACACCGGUUGUAGUUGGUUCCGGUGAUGUGCCAUGGGCUACGACGUCACCCGGUUCCAGGGGGAAGUGGAUGAGGACCUGCUGUGCCCCAUCUGCAGUGGAGUCCUAGAGGAGCCCGUUCAGGCCCCUCACUGUGAGCACGCCUUCUGCAAUGCCUGCAUCACCCAGUGGUUCUCGCAGCAGCAGAUAUGCCCCGUGGACCGCAGCGUGGUGACGCUGGCCCACCUGCGUCCCGUGCCCCGCAUCAUGCGCAACAUGCUCUCCAAGCUGCAAAUCAACUGCGACAACGCUGGCUUUGGCUGCGUUGCCAUGCUGCGCCUGGACCAGCUGCAGUCUCACCUCAGGGACUGCCAGCACAACCCCAAGAGGCCCGUCCAGUGUGAGCAGGGCUGCGGUCUGGAGAUGCCUAAAGAUGAGGCGUCUAGCCAUAACUGCAUCAAACACCUGCGCAGCGUGGUGCAGCAACAGCAGGGCAAGAUCGCAGACCUGGAGAAGGCCUCUGCUGAACACAAGCACCAGCUAGCGGAGCAGAAACGGGACAUCCAGUUACUGAAGGCGUACAUGAGGGCCAUCCGCAGUGCCAACCCCAACUUGCAGAACCUGGAGGACACCAUUGAGUACAAUGAGAUCCUGGAGUGGGUGAACUCCCUCCAGCCGGCUCGGGUCACCCGCUGGGGCGGCAUGAUCUCAACGCCAGACGCUGUCCUCCAGGCGGUCAUCAAACGCUCGCUCAUCGACAGCGGCUGCCCGCCUUCCAUCGUCAACGACCUUAUCGAGAAUGCCCACGAGAGGAACUGGCCCGCCGGCCUGGCCACGCUGGAAACGCGGCAGAUGAACCGGCGCUACUAUGAGAAUUACGUGGCCAAGCGUAUCCCAGGGAAACAGGCGGUGGUGGUGAUGGCCUGUGAGAACCAGCAUAUGGGGGAGGACAUGAUCCUGGAGCCAGGCCUGGUCAUGAUCUUUGCCCAUGGGGUGGAGGAGAUACUAUGACCCGGCUGGGGGUGGUGGAGAGCAGAGAGGGGGAGACUGACUGACCUGAAUUGAACAAAGGAGAGGAGGGAGCAGCGGAUGCUAUGACACUUAUGUCUGCGUACUGAAUGGCACCCUAUUCCCCAUAGGCCCUGGUCAAAAGUAGUGCAACUAUAUAGGGAAUAGGGUGCCAUUUUGAAUGUAGCCUAUGACACAGCAAGAGCAGGGGAAGAUCCUAUGACAGGGCAGGUUUUAAGAAGAUGAUAUGACACCAAUAGAAGGCUUUAGAGGGUUAACUAUGACAAUCGGGGGUAUGGUAGUAUCGAGUGGGGGUGUUGGAGGGAUAGGUAAAAAUUGUUGGGGGGGGGCGGAGAAAGAGUCUCCAACUAAGAGGGAAGAGGAAAUAGAAGUGUGAAGGGUAAACAUCCUGAAGGAGACACACUAAAUCAGGAUUACCCUGCUCUCUCUGCCUUAAACACGUUUAUUAUUUAGAGAAAUUAAAACUUAACAUGGAUUGAUCAGUCAUAGGAAGAAACAAACAAACAAACAAGAUUGUAGCAUAAUCUGCCUUCUCCCCGCCCACACUGCUGCUGACAAAAUAUCCCAUUGGCUGACUAUAAUGAGAUGACUCAUCGGCCCCCUCCAUAGCUUCCAGUUAUAUAUGACUCAUAGAGAAUUAUAGAGGUCUCUAGUGGCCAAAAGGCCGUAUUAGCAUGGGCAGCGCCAUUGAGGCCUUCCACCAUUUUAAUGUCGUCAACUGGGUGGGACUUCCAACAUCAUUGGCUGUGGAACCUGUUGGAGUCAUGUCCAAAAUUGACUACUUCAAAAUUGAGAUUGCCUCAAUGGCACUGCCCAUGCUGUCAGAUGCUAUAAUGGCACAGAAACAAAGAGUCCUUUCUCUCUAUGGUGUGACUUCAUCAGAAACUCAUUUAUCAAUAAUAAAGCUAACAUAUAUGCAAUCUAAGCAUACUUCAUUGCAAAGUCCAAAAACAUUUUAAUUUUUUUUUAUUGAGACUAUCUGUUGGAUUUCAAGUCAACACAUUUCUUCAGAUUGUUCUGAAGAAAGCUCAGGACCCCUUUGAGACAGAUGUGUUCUUUAGCUCUCUGUAUCUAUUACCAUGGCAUUCUCUCUUUGGGCCAGAAAAUGUGGGUUAUUUCCUGCUUAGGAGAAGGAAUGCAUGCUGGGAUUGGUUAAGUGAAUCCUAUUGGAUGUGCUCUGCUGUAUGUGAGCCCUGGGAGGCACAUAGAAAGGGGGAACUGCUGAACAAAAACACAGAGCACGUGGAUCGCUAUUGUUUGCAAGGACGUUUGGACCAACUACAUUUCCCAUCAUUACUGCAUCACCUUCCUCUUUGUCAACAACAGACCUUGUUCCUCCUUGGGAUGCAGAGCUGAUCAAGAAUGUCACUCAAAUGGUGGGAAAAGGAGUAGUGGAUGGACAGAGUCCUGGUGAAGGGUGUGGACUUGGAUUUUUUUUUAAUUAAAAAAAUUGACGGUCUUGACUUCCAUGCCUUAUAUUUUUGUAAAGUUAUUGUGUAUUUGAUUUUCUGAGUUAUUGAGUGUCCUAUGUUGAACUUUUUCUUUUAUGAUGCUAUCUAUAUAGUUGGUGUGAAGUGGGUCCAAUUUGUAUGAAAACAAAGCAUUUUAUCCACAGCAAUUAUGUAAAAAUUUACAUCAACCAAAAGUCUUCGGUUUUUGUUAAAUUAUUUUAAUUUGGUUUACCUUGUCAAAAAGCAUAAACCUAACACCACCGUAUGUCAUGUAGCUUAUUCUAAUAUGUUGUGUCCAGUCAUACAUUAAGUACUUCUCUGUGGCGUUGGUGAUUUGUAAUGUUGUUCCCGGAUGAGGUUAGGUGAUUUGUCACCCUGAAUACAUCACCACAGUGAGCAAAGAUGUUACUGCUACUUUUUUCCCUAACAGUUUAGACUAUUCUGGCUUAAAUCAUUCAAGCAGUGAUAGUCUACUGGCAUGCUUUCAUUUCAGCAUUUUUAUUGAUUAUUGUAUAACUCACUUGUUCGUUUGCGAACAAAACUAUUGAUUUGUGUUACUUCAAACUAAUGAACACAAGUUCACACACACAUUUUACCUCUGCUUAUUCUGGAAAUGAAUUAAAUUCAUUUUCUGGGGGUGACUGAAUAAAAAUUCACAUACUCACACUCAGAGGAAGUAGUUGAAGCUUAACCAAGGUCUAGACUCCUCCUGAGAGCUGCUACAAAGCUGGAACAUAGCCUUAAUCCACUUCCUCACUCUGCAUGGCUGGCUCUCUUUGCUCUGUCAGUUAGGUGCCUUGAUAUGAUACAUGUAUGGAACUAAAACUCCGGUCCUGAAGGGCUGUGUGUCGAGCCAAGUAUACAUCUCAAGCUGUUUUUUUUAAAUGUUUUUUUUUUUUUUUACAUUUCCUUUAAUGGUAUUGUACUCUUACUUCUUUUGGAUACCCAAAUCAAAGCCUUGUAAAGUGAUUUGAAGUAAUGGGGUUAGUGAGAUGAGAUCACUAAGUAGCUUGUCGAGCAUAGGUACACACAAACAUCCCUCCAAGACUUGCGUUUCAGAUCCUUACUAUUAUUCUUUGUAGUGUUAUGUGGCUUUGUCACCUGUGCAGAUUCAGUUAGAAUCAAUGGUAUGAAUAGAGGGCUUUGUUGUAUUUUCCUAGAGGAUGGAUGAACUACAAUACAGUCAACAAAAAGGAGAUGGACAAAGUGUUGAUAAAACUUCUGAAUAAUUAAUGAAGGAUUAAUGGCUAGAACCUCCACUUUACUAUUCAGAAAUCUAGAGAGCAAUGAGAGACUGGGAAAAUAUAUAUUUUGAUGUUAAAUACUGCAAUCUAGGGGGUAUUUACUAGGAACCAAAUGCAAGCAAACGGGUCAAAACGAGGACGGCUUGACCUGAACUUGUCCAAUAAGAAAGGGCUGGUUUUAGUUUCAAUGUUUUCCGUUGCGAAACAUUUUGCUACAUGCCCUUAGGAAUACACCCCUGUAGUCAAGAAGUGACUGGGGUGUAUUCAUUAUGUCUUGCAAUGGAAAUGUUUACCGUUUGAUGCAAACAGGGAGAGCCCUACCUGAAUUUGUCCAAUAGAAACUAGUUUUCACUGCAAAACAUCUUCCGUUUGCAGUGAACGGGAUCGCAACAGAAUCUGUGUAAUGAAUACACCUGUCUGCCUUUUUCACUUAUUCAUAUGCAGUAGUCUUGUAAAUGUUGUGUGUGUUACUGUGAUGAUGAUGAUUAAUAAUACCACAGAACUGGGGAAGAAUUACACAUUUAUUGUAAAUUUAAGAUUUAUUGUAAAUAGCUCCCUACAUAUCAAUAUACAUAUACUGAGGCACUUCGAUUUCUGUAUCUAUCCAUAUAAAUUUUGAUUUUGUGAGAUUUGUGGUUUCAUUAAAAGCUGAUAAGAAUUC